UAAAAAUUACAAUUAAUUCCAUUUCUCUUCUGUGACGGUAACAGCAUUAGUGCUUGCAAAGAAAACAAAAUGAAAAUAUUAGUGUUUUAUCUUUGGUUUCAUUUUUAUUGGAGCUGUUUUGCAAAAUUGGACACAGAAUGGUGGACACACACAAUAAUUUACGAAAUGAUUCCCCACACUUUUAAAGACAGCGAUGGAGAUGGGAUUGGUGACUUUAAAGGAAUCACAUCAAAACUUGAUCACUUUGUCGACCUGGGCAUAGAAACGAUCCAUAUGACACCGAUGUUUGAAACAACAGCAAGAGACAUGGGAUAUGACAUAACAGAUUACUAUAAAGUUGAUCAUAGGCUUGGUACAAUGAGCGAUUUGGAAGAACUCAUUAGGGAAAUGAAUAAAAGAAAUAUGAAGUUGCUGCUAGAUUUGGUAAUCAAUCACAGCGGUCAUAAACACGAAUGGUUCCAAAAAUCCAUCGAUCGAAUCGAUCCAUACACUGAUUAUUAUAUGUGGAAAGAUUCCAAAGGCUUUGAUAACGAAACUAACAAAGAAAUACCACCAAAUAACUGGGUUGGUCUAUUUCGUGGUAUUCCUGGUUCUGGUUGGGCAUGGAAUGAAAAAAGAAAACAAUUUUAUUUCCAUCAAUUCUUGCCGGAGCAACCUGAUUUUGAUCUUAGGAAUGAAAUUUUGAAGAAGGAAUUAUGGAAAAUGAUUGAGUUUUGGCUCAACAAAGGUGUAGCUGGGUUCAGACUUGAUGCUACUCCAUUUUUCUUUGAAGAUAAAGAAUUUAGGGAUGAUGAUCCUUGGCGCCAGUAUUGCCAACCUGAAGUUUUCGAAUUUAUACACGAAUUCCGGACGUAUUUGGACAAAUAUAAUCAGGAGCAUGGUGGUUUUGAAAGGAUUUUUAUUGCUGAAGCACAUACCUCAGAUGACGAUGUGAUCAAAUACUAUGACAGAGAGGAUUAUCCAGUCACACAUUUCCCGUAUAUGUUUCUACUAGAAUAUUUCGAUAAGCCAUUGAAUGCACAAAUGUUGUAUUUUUAUCUUUUCUUUUGGAUGAUGGCCCUACCGAAAGGAAAGGUAUCAGCUUGGAUGACUCAAGAUCACGAUGGUUCGAGAGUAGGAUCGCGAAUUGUACCAGAAUAUGGUGAUAUUUUCACAAUGAUAUCAAUGAUGCUACCUGGAACGGUAGGAGUGUAUUAUGGACAAGAGAUUGCUAUGAUUGAUGGUUUUGUCAGCAAGGAGCAAAUCAAGGAUUUCUCAGGUGAAGGUGCCAGAGAUCCUUGCAGACUCACAAUGCAGUGGGAUGAUUCCAUUAAUGCUGGAUUUUCAACCAACAUUACAACGACGUAUCUACCGGUAAAUUCUGAUUACUUUCAAAAAAAUGUUGAAAUACAAAAAAUACAGCCAGUCAGUCAUUACAACUUAUUUAAGGAUUUAUCAACGUUAAGGCGAACGAACACUUUUAAAUAUGGAAAAUUUAAAAAUUAUGCUCAUUCUGGAAAUGUAUACAGUUUAACUAGAUCAUAUGAAGGCCACGUGUUAACAGUAGUAGCCAAUCUUCAUCAUACCUCGUCUCGAGUAAAUUUAACCGAAAUAUUGAAAAACCACCCCGAUGAGAUUACCAUAGCUGCAGCUUCUGUAAACUCGGGAUAUAUAAAAGGAUUUAAUGUAGGACAGGAUUCGCGGGAAGAAUUUUACAUGAGACCACUAACAAGCUUGGUAUUGGAAACGUAUCAACCUCACACCGAAGAUGAAGACAGCACUAGCAACCCUUUCUUUUAGAAUGAUUAGUGAUUACUUUAUUGAAUUCAGACAUUAGGGGCAUUUGUGUUGAAAAAUGCCAAUUUUUUUACUAAACUGUGUGUAUGAAAUGAAAAAUAAAAUCUUUGAUUCUCCUCAAA